AUGGUAGGAAGUGCUCUCGUUGAUGUGUGUAGAAGUAUAAUUUUUGGAUUGACUCGCGGUGAUGCUGAACACUACAACCCAAAUGACACCGAGUUUGAUCGAGAGACCUUUGGUUUCCUUCCUCUGGAAAGAACGGGCUUAGAAUGGGUUAUCAGUCCCGAUGAAGAGUUGAUUUUCCAAGAGUACAGUGAGAAAGAAAUCAGUAGAAGUGCUGCCAAUAUUUCUUAUGACAAUGUUCUUGCAAGACUUAUUGACGCCUGCUCGCCAGAUGACCAACUUCAAGAGGAUGGGACAAACAAGGACCAAAGAGUUAAUAGAAUCAUGGAGUGGAAAUAAUUUACGCUUUGGAAUUCAAUGUAUUUUGGAUUCUUAAUUUCCUUGCUGGGUGCAGUCCUGAUUGGAGUGUUCUCUAUCCUUGUGUAUUAUUUUAACUAUCAAGUAAUAUUAGUUCGCCUGGCUCGACCGAAGGAAUCCAUUUCGGUCAAGAUUCAAAGAUCGAAAACUGCUUUUGAAUGCACUGAAGCAGUUUUUAUUCAUCUUUCAUUUUUUGUUAACACUCUCCAAGUUUUACUUUAAAUCAUAUCAAAUCAAGGGAAUGAAAAUUAAACUUUUCUUCGCUUUCUACGUAAUACCUUAACGCAUUGCUCUUCAGGGCCUUGGUACUUCUUAUUCCGAUUUAACACCUGUGCAAAUUUUCAAUUUAUAGUAUCCUUGGAAACGUGAUAUUUUUAUUUAGUAUGUGCGUGCAAUCGUGGGCUCUUGCCAAGCACUUUUUCCAUGCUGUCAGAAAAAAAGAAGUAAAAACGUUUCUUUGGAUAAUAGGGCGUACCCUCUUUACAUUUAUUGUAGCCACAGUGGUUGCUUACUUCAUUUAUCCUGAGUAUAGCAGGCAAGAUAAAACAGGUAUAGUUUAUAUUGCUUUAUUCAGCCCUGUUCUGAAAGCUUCCUCGCGCCUGUUUGUUCAGCGUUUAUCUGGAACAAAACUUGGUAUCCCUAG